AUGGCGAUCGCCGGAGAUGAUCUCGGAAGUACUCUUCCUCCGAGCACCAUCGAGUGUUCCAUGGAUUACAAAGGCAAGCCAGCCGUUAGAUUCUCUUCUGGAGGAUGGAAAUCAGCGAGGAUCAUCGUUUAUGCCGAAAUGGCGGAGCAGUUCGCGUCUUUCGGGAUAUCAUCCAACCUGAUAACGUACUUGACCGGACCAUUGGGAGAGUCAACGGCUGCGGCUGCGGCCAACGUCAACGCUUGGAGUGGAACGGUGUCGUUUUUGCCACUUCUCUGGGGCUUCAUUGCUGACUCGUGUCUAGGCCGUUUUCGUACCAUCCUUAUCACAUCUUUUCUCUAUAUAUUGGGGCUUGGGUUGUUGUCAUUUUCAGCCAUGAUUCCUUCUUACUACGACGACCCGAAUCAACUUCAAGUGACUCUCUUCUUCGUCUCUCUGUAUCUUAUAGCAAUAGGACAAGGUGGUUACAAACCUUGUAUUAAGGUAUUUGGAGCUGAUCAAUUCGAUGGAAAUGAUCUAAAAGAAUCGAAAGACAAGAGUUCUUUCUUCAACUGGGUCAUGUUUGGAAGCUGUCUUAGCAUUUUGACAACACGUUUGGUCUGUAGCUACAUUCAAGAGAAUCUAAGUUGGUCCUUAGGAUUUGGUAUCCCAAGUGUAUCAAUGCUACUUGCUCUGCUUUUGUUCCUCCUUGGAACUAAGACUUAUCGUUUCAGCACUAGAAGAGGAAGAAACAAAAACCCUUUUGCUAGAAUCGGCCGUGUUUUCAUYGAAGCCGUAAAGAACACAAAACAACCAGAUUUCGAUAUAUAUAACCCCAACGAGAAACUUCUUCUCCAAGCUCACCAGAGUUCCAAGCAAUUUAGAUUCCUUGACAGAGCGGCGAUUUCGUGUGAUUUGGCUGAAAUUGAAGAAGCAAAAGCAGUGCUUAAGAUUGUGCCCAUAUGGAUGACUUGCUUAGUUUAUGCCAUUGUAUAUUCACAAUCCUCUACUUUCUUCACAAAACAAGGAUCCGCAAUGGACAGGUCAAUCUCACCAAGAGUCGUAGUCCCUGCAGCUACGCUCCAAUGCGUCAUAAGCCUAACAAUGGUUGUUUUCAUCCCAAUCUAUGACCGUCUACUCGUCCCAAUCGCAAGAUCUUUCACUCAAAACCCUUCAGGAAUCACAUUGCUUCAAAGGAUUGGAACAGGUAUGUUUCUCUCCAUUCUUGCUAUCGUAAUAGCCGCCUUGGUUGAGACCAAAAGGCUCCAAACCGCUCGGGAUGACAUCACCAUAGCAAUGAGCGUAUGGUGGUUAGUUCCACAGUAUGUUAUCUACGGUGUCUCAGACGUGUUCACCGCGAUUGGUUUAAAUGAAUUCUUCUACGAUCAAGUCCCUAGUGAGCUUAGGAGCAUUGGUAUGGCUUUGAAUCUAAGCAUAUACGGGGCCGGAAACUUUCUAAGCAGCUUCAUGAUAUCAGUUAUCGACAAAGUCACGAGCCAAUCUGAUCAAAGGAGCUGGUUUGAUAAUGACCUGAACAAAGCUCAUCUAGAUUACUUCUACUGGCUACUCGCGUGUCUUAGCUCCAUUGGUUUAGCCUCCUACUUGUGGUUCGCCAAGUCGUAUGUCUAUAAUAGACCAAAUACCUUCUAA